UAACCCAGUGUAUGCGUGCUUGCCUGCUCUGCUGCGUAGCCUGUAGAAACUGGGGGACGUUCCCCUACUUAUUUUUCCUGGACGAUUUAAAAAAUGUUUUACAGACUACAGAAAAUUAGUUGACCAGGCACCGCGACCUUUGAAUCCGUCUCGAGCUGUGCUGACCACGAGGAAGCAGUUCCAGGGUGGCAAUUGGCUGCACGUGCACUCGCUGCGGCUCCACUCUCCGCCUGCCUCCUUUUCCUAUCACGCGUUCUGGAGAAUUGCCUACAAACGUUAACACGCACGCAGUAUGUGGUGGAUGUGUGUGCGCACGAACACCACAACCCAAAGUCCUCCGGAGGCGUCGGCAAUCAUCGACAUGUUUGAAGAUUAACGUCGAGGUUAUCCUGCAUUCACCCGAGGCGAGGGGACCAAUUGAGAGCACAAACUGCUGCGCCGAACUGCCGGCGUUUCAAGAAGGAUAGGAAGCUUGGCUCCGGGCCGCUUCGUUGUUGAACUGCAUUGGAUUCGACUCAGUGAACCAGAAGUGAUACUAGGCAACGGAAAGGGGAAAUAUGACAGAGAAACGGAUGUCGCGGUGGUAUUUCGGGGGUCUCGCCUCCUGCGGGGCAGCAUGCUGCACUCACCCUUUGGACCUAGUCAAAGUCCACCUGCAGACCCAGCAGAAAGGGAGGUUGGGCAUGGUGGGCAUGGCCAGUCAUGUGGUCAGGACCGACGGAGUGCUGGCUCUCUACAACGGACUGAGCGCGUCCCUCUGCAGACAGAUGUCCUAUUCUCUAACCAGGUUUGCGAUCUAUGAGACAGUCAGAGACAUGUUGGGCAGUAGUAACCAAGGCAACCCCAUGCCUUUCUACCAGAAAGUACUGCUGGGGGCCUUUGGAGGUUUUACUGGUGGUUUCAUUGGUACCCCUGCGGACAUGGUGAAUGUCAGGAUGCAGAAUGAUGUGAAACUACCUCCAGAGCUGAGGAGAAACUACCGACAUGCCGUGGACGGGCUGUUCAGAGUCUUCAGAGAAGAGGGGGUGAGGAAGUUGUUCUCAGGAGCCACCAUGGCCUCCAGCCGUGGAGCCCUGGUAACCGUGGGACAGUUGGCGUGCUACGACCAGGCUAAACAGCUGGUGCUGUCCUCAGGUGUCAUGGGAGAUAACAUCUUGACCCACUUCCUGUCCAGCUUCAUCGCUGGGGGUUGCGCUACGUUCCUGUGUCAGCCUCUGGACGUCAUGAAGACCAGGUUGAUGAACUCCAAAGGAGAAUACUCUGGAGUUAUCCAUUGUUUGAGAGUGACUGCUAAAGAGGGACCUUUGGCUUUCUACAAGGGUCUUGUUCCGGCAGGGAUCCGUUUGAUCCCUCACACAGUACUCACCUUCAUCUUCCUCGAGCAGCUUAAGAACAACUUCGGCAUCGUCAUCAUCUCCUGAGCACGCUUUGGGACCGACAACCUUCGACCUUUGCCCUCUGAACCCCCCCCCCCCCCCCCCCCCAAGCCUGCCAAGUUCAACCAAUUAACUACCACUGUGCCACACGGCCCCCCUCAUCCCUGGAUGUAAUACAAGAAAUGGAAGGACCUAGAGAAAUGGGUAGAUGACAUCACUGGGAGAAAACUCAUUCUACCACGCCCCCAACCCCGGCUUUCCCAUAAAGCUUGUGCCCCAGAACUCACCAGUGGAACCCCCCCACCACAAACAGCCUUCUGCCCCAGUCGAACGCCUCAUCGACAGGGUCAAACGGCGACCUCAUUAUGCGGACCUCACCGAGGACGGACCUCACCGUGCGGUCUUCACCGGGGACGGACCUCACCGUGCGGUCUUCACCGGGGACGGACCUCACCGUGCGGUCUUCACCGGGGACGAAACCUCACCGUGCGGUCUUCACCGAGGACGAGACCUCACCGUGCGGUCUUCACCGAGGACGAGACCUCACCGUGCGGUCUUCACCGAGGACGGACAUAGACUGCUUUUCAUAAGGAUUCCAUGAUUUGAAUGAGGCAUAAAGAACCACUCAACUUGGUCGCUGUAACUGGAACUUCCCCGCGCCUAACGGACCGUGAGGUGACAUUAUGGUGCCGGGUCUUAAUCUGUGUCUGUGGAACCCACCCAUAAUGCCCUGUUCCUACUCACUAGGGAUGCUUUCUAUCGUAACAACAGGUCAGUUAUAUAACUGGUUGUAAAAGUCUCAUGAGACUCACUUCAUCUACUCUGACGCGUUGGAGAGUGACGUAGGGGGACUAUUCCUACCUAUAAUGGAAGUGACAUAACAGGAUAUAACACCGUGGCUAUGAAGCCAUCACAUGCUUUCAGACAGAGGCACUUAAAAUGCACUAGGGGGAUUUUGUGAUUUCAGCUAGUAGAGGUGAAAGUUGUGCCCCUCCCAAGCCAAAACGAGUCCCUGUUUUGUUUUUUGUUUUGUUCUUGGUGCUAUAGCCUUCAGUUGUGUCACCCAUUUCGUAUGAUAUGUUACGAGCCAUUUGAAACACGUCAUAUGUAUCUGGUUUGCUUCUGAUCCCACGGUGUAGGUUUAAUCAAAGAUAUGUUUGGACACAGAUUAGUUUAUCCCCUGAACAGUUUAACAGUGAACAAAAAUAUAACUGCAACAUUAAACAGAAUCAAAGAUUU